AUGGCAACAUUUACACAAAAAUAUAUUCGCUGUCUCCUUCUUAUUGCAUCACUUAUGAACGUUGUGACAAGUAUAAAAGUUGUUCUUUUACCGUCAUUCGGCACAAGUCAUCUUCUAGUAAUGGAUACUAUUGGAGCAGAGUUACAAAAUCGCGGUCAUGAGGUCGUCAUAUUGGUUGAAGAGGAACAAGUAAUUCCUUCAAUUCGUACUGCCACGGCAACCUAUGCAGUUAGUGAUCAUUUCAGCGCUGCUGUAAUUAAUAAUUUAACAGCAAGCACAAAUAAUUUCGAAGUUAUUAAAAAAGUUAUGGCAUGGCAAUCGCACUAUUGUGAUUGUGUAUUAAGCCAUAGUCAAUUUCGUCGGCGAUUUAGCCAUUUCGAUCUUAUGAUUGGUGAUCGAUCUUUACCAUGCGCUUACAUAUUACCAGAAAUACUUAAUUUAACUUAUGUCAUAGUGUCCAGCGUUGGUCUUAAUGCUCCUAUGAGAUUGAUGAAUAGCCCAAACCCGUUGGCUUAUAUACCACAAUAUGGAACAGGAUACUCUGAUAAGAUGAAUCUUUUACAACGUACUACCAAUACUCUUGUAUGGUGUGGCCAUACUAUUGCAAGCCAUAUUUUUGUUUAUCGAUUGAUCGAAAAGCUAAGGCAAGAAUAUCAUGUUGAAAUUGAUGCAAGUCAAUUAAAAUUGAAGCCUGCCCUAAUGUUAAUUUCAGCUGAUUUUACCCUAGAAUUUGCCCGACCACUUAUGCCUAAUGUUCAGUUGGUUGGACCUUUAACGCCACAGCCGCCAUCAGCGUUACCCCAUCACCUAGACGAUUUCAUUAGUAAUGUUCGUCCUUAUCAACGAUUUGUCCUUGUCUCUCUAGGUAGUAUAUUUCAAUUUAGCAAUGAUCAAGUUAUGGUUGCUUAUCGCAGUUUAAGUCGAUUGCCCUUUAAAGUUAUAUGGAAGCAUUCAUCGAAUUUAUCAAAUAAUAUUUCUAAUGAUCACAUUCGAAUUGAAAAUUGGGUACCUCAAAAUGAUUUACUUGGUCAUCCUAAUAUUGUAGCAUUUAUCACUCAUUGUGGACCAAGUGGAAUGUAUGAGGGAGCUUACCAUGGAGUUCCAAUGAUUGGAUUACCUUAUGUACCUGAACAAGAAACAAAUUUAGUUCAGAUCAGUCGGGCUGGCAUUGGUAUAGGUUUAAAUUCUACCAAUCUAACGACUGAUAGUAUUUAUGACGCGGUGAUGGAGGUAGUUAAUAAUCCGAGUUAUAAGCAAAAUGCAAGAAGAAUUUCUAAGUUAUUAAAAGGAAGGCCUCGAACGCCAAGACAUGAAGCUGUUGAUUGGAUUGAACUAUGGCUAAGUAUUUUAACGACCAGUAAUGUUGAUAAAGCUAAAAUUAGGAUAUCCAGCGGUAUCACAGGGCAGCGAGCAUAUUACAAACUCAGCUUUUGA